GCCUCAUGCCUCACAGCAGCGACGUGCUGCCAUCGCCGUCCGUCGUCGUCAUCGACGAGCCCGUCGUCGUCGAGGUCGCCAAGCCGCAUGCAGCGUACCGGCCGGACGUCGACGGCCUUCGGACGCUGGCCGUGCUGCCCGUGGUCGUCUUCCACGCAUACCCGGACCUCUUUCCCGGCGGCUUUAUCGGCGUCGACAUCUUCUUUGUCAUUUCCGGCUACCUCAUCUCUGGUAUCCUCUUCAAGGAGAACCAGCGCGGCUCGUUUUCGUACGCGAGCUUUUACACGCGGCGGGUGCGGCGCAUCUUUCCCACUUUGAUCUUAGUCUUGAGCGCAACGCUGUGGAUGGGCUAUCUCUACUUGAUGGCGGCCAAGCUCAAGGCACUCGCGGCGACGAUGCUCGCGGGCACGCUCUUCUGCGCCAACCUCCAAGUGCUCUCGCUGGAGCAUUCGUACUUUGCGCUCGACAUCAAGAUGAACCCGCUCCUACAUCUCUGGUCGCUCGGCGUCGAAGAGCAGUUUUACAUAUUUUGGCCGCUCCUCGCGUCGAUGGUCAUGCGACUGUCGUACAAGCGCGCGCUGCUUCUCCAAAUGGCCGUGCUAAUCGGUAGCUUCGGCUUCAACAUUGGCUUCAUCGGCUACCACGACACCAACAACGUCUCGUUCUACAACCCGCUGAGCCGGUUUUGGCAAAUGGCCAUGGGCGGUCUCCUCGCGUACGUGACAAAAUUCAAUCCGAACGAGGCGUACACGAGCGUCACCACGUCGCCCGGUGCAGCCAAGGCGUCGUCGUCGGCUCCGUCGCCACGUCGCAACCAUCUGCUGUCCGUGUCGGGCCUUGUGUGCAUCCUCGUUGGCUUUUACUGCAUCAACGAAGCCCGCUUGUUUCCGGGCUUUUGGGCGCUGCUCCCAACCGUCGGUGCCACCUUGCUCAUCGCCGCAGGCCCCGACGCGAUCAUCAACCAGCAUCUCCUCAGCAACCGCGUCGCGGUCUACAUUGGCAAGAUCAGCUACUGUCUCUACCUCUGGCACUGGCCGCUCCUCGUGUUUGCAAAAGAGCGGUACCCGGACGACCCGCCCAUGUACGCCUCGCCGCUGACGAUGCUUCUCGCGAGCUUCGUACUGAGUGUGCUCACAUACAAGGACGUCGAGACGCCAUUGCGCCGCAAGAAGGCGUGGUAUGUGACCCCGACGCUCGUGCUAUGUGUCGUCGCGCUCGGAAUUGCUGCCUUGUGCGUCUACACCGACCCGUCGCAGUUUUCGGCCAUUGAAAUCGAAGUCGCCAAGUCGCUCACAGCCGCCGACGUCGAGAUGGCACCCGUCGCCACGGCGCCCGCUGACUACCCCUCGCAGGUGCAGGCCCACGCGACCGAGGCAGGCAACAGUACGUGGACGUCGGUGCACGCGUCGAACGUACCGAUCGUCGCUUCCGGGGCCCCGGUCGUCAUCCCCGUCAAUGCGUCCGUGCAGCUUGCUACUGCGGCCCCCGUCGUCGCCACCGACGCUCCUGUCAACGCGACCGAGGUCCGCGUUGUGGCGACGGCGGCACCGAUCGUCGCCACGGCUGCACCGAUCGUUGCGACGGCUGCACCGGUCUUGAAGAAGCGCCCGCCGACGACGCUGGCGAUGGUGCGCAAGUCGCAAGUCGACGGCGCAUGGAACACGGGCGCUGGCAUCACGUGUCCCGCCGACUUGCCGUAUGUGGCCAAAGCGAUAACGCCCAAGCCAUUUCCGUUCAAGGAGUUCAUUAGCUCGGCGUACCCCGAAGUGUGCCAGCUGCUCAACCCGCACCACGAAGAGAACGGCGUCCUCGUCGUCCUUGGCGACUCGCAUGCAGACAUGACCAAGCCUCGCAUUGUACGUCUCUUUGAACAAGCUACGGCUGCGCAAAAGCCGUUCCCGACUGUCAUCUUCAAGACGCGGUUUGGGCGCGCGCUGCUCUCGUGCCGUCCCGAGUUCUCGGCCAACAUGGCCAUGGUCAAGGCGCUCAAGCCGCAAGCCGUCCUCUUGGUAAUCCACUGGAUUCAGUACCUCAACCCCGCGGCCCCCGCGGGCGCGCCGCAGAGCUACCCACCCAAGUGCUGCUGGGAGAACGGCGUGCCGUGCAAGGACCAGAGCAUGGCCGACGUCGACGCGCUCUUGUUGGACCUCCAAGACGAGCUCAUUGCGCUAAGGGACCUCGGGAUCAAGGUCUUCCUCGUCGACCAGAGCCCCGAGUACGACCGCAUGAACCCGGCAACGUGGCUCCACGGCGAGACCGUCAAGCUCCCGACCGAGCCCGUGCUCAAGUCGGUGUUCCAGCACGAGCGGCAAUGGCUCUUUGACCGCCUUCACCGUGUCGUCGCCAACUCGGAUGCGACCUUGAUCGACUACGCCGACAACUACUCGGACGGCGACAAGAUCAAGUUUGUCGACGACGCCGGCGUGCCAUACAUUUGGAUCUACAACCACUUGACGUCGACGGCCGCGCGGAACCACCUCUCGGUCGUCGAUAGAGUCGUGGCGGCCGCCAUGACGCGCCACGCAUAGUGCUCGCCUCCAACGACGCCAACUAGAGUCCUAGUCCAUUUCCUAACUCCAUCUCUAUCUUAAAUACAAUCCAACUCGACUUUUAUGCGGUCGGAGACGCGGU